AUAGAAAAUGGAAAGAAGGCACUCUCCUUGUUUUCGUGGAGAAGGCUGACCAGUCUUUCUCCUUGCCGGGGGGAAGUCAGCUCUGAAAUAAUCGUACCUUCUCUGCUAUUCUGAUCGGCAGACAGAAAAACCUUGAAUUUGCUCAGGAUGAAGAUGGGGAAAAUAUACUGGAAAAAUUGGUAUUGAUUAUUGUUGCAAUCGUUAAUGAUUUGUAGAGAUUUUAUUUGAACACCAUGAGCGGGGAUCUAAACAGUGCUACCACUAAUGGCUGUGACAAUAUGUUAAAAUCACAAGAGCAACAGGCAAAGAUCGAUGAGAUAAGAAGGCUGAUAGGGCCAUUGUCUGGUAAGGCCUUGAUUUAUUGUUCCAAUGAAUCCAUCUCACGGCAUCUAAGAGCUAGGAAUUGGAAUGUCAAGAAGGCAGCUAAAAUGUUGAAACAGACCUUAAAAUGGAGAGCAGAAUACAAGCCAGAAGAAAUCCGCUGGGGAGAGAUUGCUAAUGAAGCAGAGACAGGGAAGAUUUAUAGGUCAAAUUAUACUGACAAGCAUGGGAGAACAGUCCUUGUCAUGAGACCUAGUCGACAGAACUCAGAGUCAAUAAAAGGACAGAUCAAGUAUCUGGUAUGCUGCAUGGAGAAUGCUAUCUUAAAUCUUCCAGCAGAACAGGAACAGAUGGUCUGGCUAAUUGAUUUCGAGGGUUUCAGCUUGUCGAAUAUAUCAGUGAAGGUGACACGUGAAACUGCCCAUGUCUUACAAGAUCAUUAUCCGGAAAGAUUGGGUUUGGCAAUACUGUACAAUCCACCAAAGUUCUUUGAACCGUUCUUCAAGAUGGUAAAGCCCCUAUUAGAGCCAAAGACUUAUAAUAAAGUCAAGUUUGUUUACUCAGAUGACCACAACACCAAGAAGAUUAUGGAAGAUCUGUUUGAUAUGGACAGUCUAGAGUCUUCGUUUGGUGGGAAUAAUAACUCCGAAUUUGACAUCAAUAUAUAUGCUGAGAGGAUGAGAGAGGAUGACAGGAAGAUGCCCUCUUUUUGGACAAGGGCGAACAUUCCAUCGUCAACUCCAUGUGAUGCUCCUUUAGAUCCAAUCAAGCUAGAAUCAGAUUCUGGUGCUUCUGACAAUGAAGAAAUAGACUACACCCCUGGUCAUGAGAUGAAAUUGAGGAGUACCAAACCAGAUCAGGAUAUCUUGGCUCAUCAAGGAAAUAUAAAUACCACAACAGAUUUGCGUUAGAUUGAGAUAUUGCGUGCCUUUUUCAAGGUCUGCUCGGUCAACUGUAAUGUAGCUGCGAGAUGUUAUAUUCGAGUUUGGGGCUGAGACUUCUGUCAACUCUAUGUUUUGUAGGCCCCAACAAAAAUUUAAUGUUUUCGAUUUAUACCAGUCAUCUUUUUUCUCUUCCUGCUUCAUUUUCUAAUUUGACUUUUCAUAGGCUCAAGACAAACCAUACUUUACCGCUCACAGACUUUCGUGGUUUGAUCUCUUAUAUAAGCAAAUUGAAGAGUUUAUACAUUGAUUUUA